UGACCACACACCGCAUUCUUUCCGUUUCAUACGUCACGUAUCCGCAACUCAGUGCUUUUAUUCUGGAGAGCUUUAACGGAAGUGGUGUUGUGCUAUUUCAAACUUUAUAGUGGAAAUCUGAGCGAUUGAAACCUCAAAGUCAACAAGUUUCCAAUCUGACACCGGACCGGUACCGCCAGUUUUUUCUUCCCCCCCUCUUGGCCGUCACCGUGGGCGUGGCCGUGUCGAUGCGGGUCAGCAGAACCUCGGUGCUGUUCGCGCCCACUCUGAAAAAGGCCGAAAAGUGGGCGAUGACUUCAGUGUGAAGGCGGUUCGGCGUCCGGGAUGGCGGUCUGGACCAGGGCGGACAAAAACGGCCAGCUGGACCUUCUGCUGCGGGACCGCUGGAUCCGAGUGUCCGCCGAACUCACGCGGGAAACGCUGACUUUAACGGCCGAGGCGGAGGGGGCCGGACCGGGGGGAUCGAACCACUGGGACUACGGCCCCGUCGCGGGCCUGCGGAACGGACUGCCCAACGGGAACGACCCGAGCCGACCCGGCCGAGACCAGCACCCGAACCAGAACCACGGCGGACGAGGUCGCAGCGGGAGCCCGGGACGGGGCGCUGUCAGCCGGGCUCAGUAUGACGCUCAGUACGGCUCCAGCAGUCCCGGAAAGUGUCCCGAUAACCCCGUGAACCCGGACUACGGCAGCCCCGGCUCCAGCUACGGAAGUCCCGGGUCCAGCUUCGGGUCUCGGCAGGGCGACUUCCCCGUCAGCCCGGACGGCUCCUCGGAAGCGGUGCGGAAGGUCCGGGUGGUCAAGCAGGAGUCCGGCGGGCUGGGGAUCAGUAUUAAAGGGGGCCGGGAGAACCGCAUGCCCAUCCUCAUCUCCAAGAUCUUCCCGGGACUCGCCGCCGACCAGAGCCGAGCUCUGCGGGUCGGGGACGCGAUCCUGUCCGUCAACGGGAACGACCUCCGGGAGGCGACGCACGACCUGGCGGUGCAGGCGCUGAAGAAGGCCGGCAGAGAGGUGACGCUGGAGGUGAAGUAUAUUCGGGAAGUUUCUCCGUUGUUCAAGAAGCCAUCCCUGGUGGCUGAUCUGCCAUGGGACAGCGUUCGCCCACAGUCGCCGAGCUACAGUGGCAGCGAGGACUCUGGCUCACCCAAACACAGCAGCUCCUUGUCCUCUUCAAGAGACAGAAAGGUCUUCCAUCUGAAGAUGUGCUUCAUCAGCAGGAACCUCACUAUGCCAGACCUGGAGAACAGACUGUUGGAGCUCCACUCGCCUGAUGGCCAGCAUACUGUGGUUCUUCGCUGUAAAGACGGAUCCACUGCCCACUCCUGGUUUGCUGCCAUCCACACCAAUAUUGCUGCCCUCUUACCGCAGACCCUGUCUUACAUCAACGCCUACCUGGGGGCUUCAUCGGUGGCCUCCACGCACCCCCACCUUAAACACAUCGGCUGGCUGGCUGAACAGGAGGUCCAGCUGGAAGGUGGACGGCAGCAGUACCGGUCAGUUGUCAUGGCGCUGACGGAGAAGGACAUGUUGCUGUUUGACUCAGUGCCGUGGACUAGAGAGGCCUGGUCCUUACCUCUGCUCACCCACCCACUGCUAACAACACGGCUGGUUCAUUCUGGCAGCGCCCGGGGAUCCCCCAACCAAGGUUCAGAUUUGGUGUUCGCCACGCGGACGGGCACAGGUCGGGGGAUCGAGUCCCAUGUGUUUCGAGUAGAAACCCACUGGGAUUUGUCUUCAUGGACACGAGCCCUGGUGCAGGGGGCACAUGCUGCUGCUGAGCUCAUCAAAGAAGUCUCUGUUGGUUGCACGUUGAACAGGCAGGACGUUCGUGUGACGCUGCAUUAUGAGAAGGGCUUCACCGUGACGCGAGAGUCCGCCGACCCUGCAGAGGGCGCAGUGCUGUACCGGUACCCAUUUGAAAAGCUCAAAAUGUCUGCCGACGAUGGAAUCCGCAACCUUUACCUGGACUUUGGAGGGCCAGAGGGAGAAAUGGUGUUUGACCUCCAGUCUGGUCCAAAGCCGGUGGUGUUUGUUCUUCACUCCUUCCUGUCAGCAAAGCUAACUCGAAUGGGUCUGCUGACGUGAAGCACGGACCAGAGGUCCCCGCCACAAUCCUGGUAGCUGUCUUCCCGAGGACCCGACCCUUACUUUGGUGAUUGCCUAAAAAUGUGCCUUCUCUUCAGACGUCUACUCAGCCUUCCACCACACUCGUCUUAUUGUGAGUCAGGAGACAGAAUGUGGCACUUCUAAGACUUACGAGGCCUUGGAAGAUAUUUACCACGUCUGGGAAAGUGAGCAGCUACUACCGGUGUCAUACAUGACACUUUUAAUUCCAUUUGAAUAUGCAGACAUUUUCUAACAUUUCAACUUUUAAUCUUCAAAGAAAAAUAUUUUACUGUUAUGAGAAUAAAGUCAUAAUUUAGGGGAAAUACUCUAAGAAUAAGGAGAUGGUGUUUUUAGGGGUGCAGCGCACACGGACAGCACACGGACACACAGUUAAAUUUGAUGUGUUUCCUACGUUAACAGACACACACCGUCAGUGCUGGUGUUCCUUUGCACAGGUUAGUUCCACAGCAGCUCUGCGGCUUAAACGUUACCGCUGUUGCCUGACAGCCAGAACGUCCCAGGUUCACUUCCCGCCCGGUCCUUCCUCCCCGUGUUUGCGUGGAUUCCCUCCCAGUCUUCCUCCCGCUUCCAAAGACCCACAGGUUAGGUGAACCGUUGAGUCUAAAUUCACCGUAGGUGUGAAUGUGUCUGUCUGUCUUGUCUGUGUGUUGGGUCUACAGCCUGUCCAGGGUGAACCCCGCCUCUCAACCAAUCACCACUGGGAUCAGCUUAACCCCCCUGGUGACAUUUAAGAGGAAUAAUAAGCAGGUUCAAGAAAUGGAUGGAGUGUCCCGUCUGUCCAUCUGUGGUUCCUUCUGUCGUUGCCCAGCUCCACCACUCACUGUCUUUCAGUGGAAUCCCUGGUCUACCUGCUCUUUGGCUUGAACCAGGUUCUUCUCUCUCCAGUCUGUUCCAGUGGGCUUCGGAUCUUCACAUCCAGCUGUUUGUGUGUAUCGUGUAGUAGCAGCGUUUCUGCCACAUGAUGGUGCUGUCCUCAAUCAUGCAACCAUCCAGUUACUCGCUCAUUUCCCUGGUCACACAUCCCAUCACCUGCACAAGAUACAGGAGGACAAAGUUCUAAUUUAAAAUAAGUGUGGCUCUGUAAUGUGUGGCUGAAGUCCAGGAUCUCCAGCAUCUCAUUCAGCUUGUUGAAUGUUGCAUCCACAGCAUCCAGUCCACAAAAAUCAUAGACUUGUCCACAAAGUCGAGGUGAGUGACCCUUCAGGCACUGGGCAGAGUAGGAACAGGAACCAGAACACAUUGCUGACAGAUUCCACAAUUCCCCUGGAAGGAGUCCAAGACUCUGCCUCCACUCAGCACAUCUCUCACAGUGCUGAGUGGAGGUUGACAAUGAUGUCCAACAACUUAGUGGACAUCUGAUUUACUGAAUCCAGCACUUUGCAGAAAUCAUCAGAGGCUGCAACUGAGGCUCAUGCUGAUGUGAUAAGUACUUGUAGAGUGAGGGUGUAAUCAUUCCUGGACUUCUUGAACAUGAAACCAAACUUCUGUAGUCACUGAGCUCCAAGUUCGGAAUGAGAAUGACUUUUGCAAGCACCUUACCUGGCACAGAGAGCAGUGCACUGCUGUAGUGUUGGAAUCCAGGUAGUUAUCCCUUUCUUUCCAGAAAGAAGGACUGUAAGGCCUUUCCUCCAGUUUGUUGGAAUAAGUGUCUCCCAAAUAAAAGCAAAGGCAGUUUGUGCAAAGUGAAUAUCAUUGAAGGAUUCAAAAGAAGUUUAUUGUCAUAUGCGCAUAGGAACAUGUUCCCUGCACAAUGAAAUGUGUUUACUGCAUUUUGCCCAUCCUAAUUGCCAGUUAGGAGCAGAGGUCGCUUUUUUGGCGCCCGGGGAUCAUCAGUAUCUGUCUGAAGGAGUUCAGUCCUGAUACCACAGAUCCCUACAAAUAUAUCCACCUUCAGGUGUUUCUCCACUUCUGCUGACGGGAGGAUCAUCCACCAAGAACCCUGACACUAGUUCAAUCUGCUGGCAGACAGAACGUCCACAGCCGCUCACAGUAACUGGUCCAAAGGGACAGUACAGCAGAGCGAUCUGUUGGGACUGCAGUGAAGACUCUCCUGUACACACUAGAGUCUCCAGUGCAACGCCUGACUGCCUUCAGGGUCUUGUUAUGGAAGAACGCUCACUUUCCAUCGGGGUUAUUUGGACUGCAUUUGUGUAGCACAUUUCCAUCUAUAUCAGAAGCUCAAAGCGCUUUACAGUAAUGCUUCACAUUCACCCAUUCACAGACACACUCACACACCGAUGUUGGGGUGCUGCCAUACACGGCGCUCACUGCGCACCGGGAGCAACGUGGACAUUAAGGACCUUGCCCAAGGGCCCUUAGUGAUUUUUCCGCCCAGACUGGGGUUUGAACCAAGCAAUCUCUGGUCUCAAGCCCAACACUUAAGCACUAGACCAUCACCUCCCAAUUUGUCAUGUUUGGGUUUGCAAGUCCUCAACCCAGAUUGUGUGGUCUAACGAAAUUAUUUGUGUAAUUGUGAAAAAUAUUGAGCACUUUUAUGCAGUAGUUGGAUUAAUGGGUCAAUGUCGUCCGAAUCCUGGCCUCGACCGCACGUCCUCGUGCCCUUACCAAAGGAGAGUACUUAAAGCUUAUUUCAUAAAAUAAAUAAAUUGAGGUCAACUUCGAUUUUACUUCCUUCUUUUUUAGUUUAUAAAAGUGUCCUUGUGAGUACAUUUUAAGUGAAUUUUUAGGUUGUAGUUACAGUAUAUACUUGUUGCCCACUUUUUAGUUAGUGACAGUACACUUGUCUGAGGGAUUUUUCCAGUCAGGUGGCACUGUCAGUGUAACCCUAGGGCCUGGGCGGGACAUCCAUACUUUGAGUUAUGCAGAUAUGUUUUACAGGGAGGUGGGUAGAUAUGAUAACACCAUAAUACCAAUUUAUCUUUGUUCCUUGGUGCUAUAUAAUGCUAUAUAUAGGCUCCUGCCUUCACCCCUCAUAAAGACGUCUCGUUGCACGCUUUGUUUAGCAGUACUGUGCCUUACGAAAAGAAAAGCUGCUUUUCCUCAUGCAUUCUCUCUCUCUCUCUCUCUCUCUCUCUCUCUCUCUCCUUCCACGUUGUUCAAGAUGUGGUUCCUAAUGAAACAGUGGAAGAUGGAGUCUUGACAAGUUGACUGACACCCUUGAUGUUUACAUUUUUGACAUUUGCACAGCUGUGGUUUGUUGAGCAGUGAAGUAAAAUUUGGAAGGUUCCUUAACUGAAGUGCUUGUGACAUCAUAAGUGUGGCACUGAGUUCAAACUCACUAUUUACCCAAUUUCACAUAAAAUACCAAUAGAUAUUGUGUAUUGCCAGUUGGUCUAACACCCCAGGACGUGAUUGUUGGUCCGUAGCGCCCGGCCCUAAACCCAAAGAUACUGAGGCUGUCUCCUAUACAUGUAUAUCUGUAUACCUCUCAGUAUAAGCUCAGUACUUUAAGUAGAAUCCUUUAAGUACAUAAGUGAACUGAAGCGUUGAUUUUCUCAUCACACAUUAUAACUUUUCAUUUUAACUUUAUGACUUUAUUCUCAUUUUGACUUUUUGGAAAAUGUAAAAAUUUGUACAAUUACACAGCUUUUCUCCUUAAAUUAGUAUAUUUUCCUUUUUAAUACUGAGUUACCAAAAGACUUCAUGUAAUGUCUCGCUGAAAACUCUGUCAGGAAUGAUAAUGUUUUUAGACAGUACAAUACCAAGAACAGCUCUGUAGAAAUUCCUUGUUUUUAUCUGAUAUACAUUUUGUUCUGUUGCAGCCU